CCUCAGCGGCCGGCGGGCGCAGAGCAGCAGCGCGGAGCCGCGGGGCCUCCGCCGCCGCCCGCCGCCCCGGGUCCCGCGGCCCGGCCGGCCGCCCGCGCCCGCGAGCCGCCCAUGGUGCAGCGCAUGUGGGCCGAGGCGGCCGGGCCCGCGGGCGGGGCCGAGCUGUUCCCGGGCUCCCGGCGGAGCCGCAGCGUGUGGGACGCCGUGCGCCUGGAGGUGGGCGGCGCCGGCCCGGUGGUGCUGCACAGCUUCACGCAGCUCGACCCCGACCUGCCGCGCCUGGAGAGCUCCACGCAGGAGAUCGGCGAGGAGCUGGUCAACGGCGUCGUCUACUCCAUCUCGCUGCGCAAGGUGCAGGUGCCGCAGGCGGCUGGCAGGGGCCCGCGCCGGCUCGGGGGUGAAAGCGAGUCGGCCCUGAGCCUGUACGAGACCUGCAAGGUGCGCGCGGUGAAGGCGGGCACGCUGGAGAAGCUGGUGGAGCACCUGGUGCCCGCCUUCCAGGGCAGCGACCUGUCCUACGUCACCAUCUUCCUGUGCACCUACCGCACCUUCACCACCACCCAGCAGGUCCUGGACCUGCUCUUCAAGCGAUACGGAUGCAUCCUCCCCUACGCCCAGGAGGACGGCGGGUCCCAGGAGCGCCUGAGGAAUGCCAUCUCCUCCAUCCUGGGCACCUGGCUGGACCAGUACUCGGAGGACUUCAACCAGCCGCCGGGCUUCCCCUGCCUCAAGCAGCUGGUGGCCUACGUGCAGCUCAACAUGCCGGGCUCGGACCUGGAGCGCCGUGCGCACCUGCUCCUGGCCCAGCUGGAGAGCGCGGAGCCCGCCGAGGCUGAGCUGGAGGCUUUCUCACCUGCGCCAGCUCCAGCAGCCAGUCCUGUGCCCAGUCCUGUGCCAACUUCAGAGCAGGAGCCAGCCCCAUCGCCAGCUCCAGCUCCAUCGCCAGCUCCAUCGCCUGCUCCAUCGCCAGCUCCAGUUCCAGCUCCAUCGCUAGCUCCAGCGCCUGCUCCAUCGCCAGCUCCAGUUCCAGCUCCAUCGCUAGCUCCAGCGCCUGCUCCGGCGCCCGCUCUAGUGCUCAGUCCGGUGCUGGCCUCAGAGCAGGAGCUCGUGCCGGCUGGAGAGCCUGAGCCUGCCCGCGAGCCAGCUCCAGAGCGAGAGCCAGCCCCGGGACCCACUCCCACAGCCGCCCCGGAGCUGGAGCCGGCUCUGUCGCAGACUCUGGAGCUGGAGCCGGCCCCGGCACCAGAGCCCCCCUGGCCUUCGCCUGUGGCUGCGGAGAACGGGCUGCGCGAGGAGAGGCCUCACCUCCUGGCGUUUCCUCCCGACCUGGUGGCCGAGCAGUUCACCCUGAUGGACGCGGAGCUGUUCAAGAAGGUGGUGCCGUACCACUGCCUGGGCUCCAUCUGGUCCCAGCGCGACAAGAAGGGCAGGGAGCACCUGGCCCCCACCGUGCGGGCCACCGUCAGCCAGUUCAACAGCGUGGCCAACUGCGUCAUCACCACCUGCCUGGGGGCCCGCAGCACCGCGGCCCGGGCCCGGGCCCGGGUGGUGGAGCACUGGAUCGAGGUGGCCAGGGAGUGCCGGGUCCUCAAGAACUUCUCGUCCCUCUACGCCAUCCUCUCCGCGCUGCAGAGCAACUCCAUCCACCGGCUGAAGAAGACGUGGGAGGAGGUGUCCAGGUGGGCGGGCCGGGGGGCUGGGCCCGCCUCCGGACAGCGUGCGGGUCUUCCAGAAGCUGUCGGAGAUCUUCUCGGACGAGAACAACUACUCGCUGAGCAGAGAGCUGCUGGUCAAGGAGGGCACCUCCAAGUUUGCCACGCUGGAGAUGAACCCCAAGAGGGCCCAGAAGCGGCCGAAGGAGACGGGUGUCAUCCAGGGCACCAUUCCCUACCUGGGCACGUUCCUCACGGACCUGGUGAUGCUGGACACCGCCAUGAAGGACUACCUGUAUGGGAGACUGAUCAACUUCGAGAAGAGGAGGAAGGAGUUCGAAGUGAUCGCCCAGAUCAAGCUGCUGCAGUCCGCCUGCAACAACUACAGCAUCGAGCCCGAGGGCCAGUUCGGGGCCUGGUUCCGGGCCGUGGCGCGGCUCAGCGAGGCCGAGAGCCGCCAGGCCCCCAGCACGGAGCUGAGCGCGGGCGGCAGCUCGCACUCCAAGUCCUGCGACCAGCUCCGGUGCAGCCCCUACCUCAGCAGCGGGGACGUCGCCGACGCACUCAGCGUGCACUCGGCCGGCUCCUCCAGCUCCGACGUGGAGGAGAUCACCAUGAGCUUCGUCCCGGAGUCCCCCGACGGCCAGGAGAAGAAGUUCUGGGAGUCGGCCUCCCAGUCGUCCCCGGAGACCUCCGGCAUCAGCUCGGCGUCCAGCAGCGCCUCCUCCUCCUCGGCCUCCACCACGCCCGUGGCCAGCGCCCGCGCCCACAAGCGCUCCGUCUCGGGGGCCAGCAGCCACAGCGCCUCGCUGCCGCUCUACAACCAGCAGGUGGGCGACUGCUGCAUCAUCCGGGUCAGCCUGGACGUGGACAACGGCAACAUGUACAAGAGCGUCCUGGUGACCAGCCAGGACAAGGCCCCGGCCGUCAUCCGCAAGGCCAUGGACAAGCACCACCUGGACGAGGAGCAGCCGGAGCACUACGAGCUGGUGCAGGUCAUCUCGGACGAGAGAAAGCUGAAGAUUCCGGACAACGCCAACGUGUUCUACGCCAUGAACUCCGCCGCCAACUACGACUUCGUCCUGAAGAGGCGGGCCUUCGCCAAGGGGGCCAAGGUCCGGCACGGCGCCAGCUCCACGCUGCCCCGCGUGAAGCAGAAGGGGCUCCGCCUCGCCAAGGGCAUCUUCUAGCUGGUCCCCGGGCUGCCGGCCGCGGGGCUGCCCGCCGAGCACUUACGGACGACAGCGGCCCAGGCCAGGCGGGCACCGAGCACUGCCCGCCACGGGCACGCCCUCGCCACACCGCCCUCACACCCUCCCGGUGUGGUCACUGCCACCGGUGCCCACGGGCAGCCCAGGGCACCCACUCAUCCACUGGAUCUGACCACUGCGGCUCUCUUCGCGCCACGGACACCGGCCGUGGCAUCCACGGGGCCCGGCCCCUCCACCACCGAGCCUUCCGCAGGCUGCACCAAAGACCCGCGGUCAGGCCACGGAGUGCGGGAGCCCUCGGAGAGGAGGGGCUUCGGCACCUGCAAGUGGGACCAGCCCCGCGGGCCCCCGGCCCAGCCCGAGUGCCGUCUGCCGCUGCACCUGGGCUUCUGGGGACCACACGGGAGGAGCGGGGGAAGGAGGGUGGGGGAAGGGAGGGGGUGGAACAUUUGUAUAAAAGGCAAAAAUCAUGUUUACCAGUGGGGGAGGGGCAAUAUUUAUUUGUUGUAAAUAGUAAAUGCUAGACUUGGAUAUUAUAUUAAAACCCUGUUUCUACGAUA